AUGCAGUCCGUGCCAUUGAGCAAGGUCUGCGAUGCUGUGGGUUCAACUCACUCCAUGAUCGUGCGUGGCCAUUCCCAAGCCAUGAUGUGGACGUGA